AUGCCAGAGGCUAGGAACUCCUGCCAGGACCUCACGCGAUGGAAGAAGAAGAAGCCGCCGGUCCGCCGCACGGUCAGCCAGAUCUGCCCACCCCCGCGGCGGCCCCUGACCGUGGCCGACAUCCGGCCGGGCAUGGAGAACGAGAGGCUGGGGGUCGUGCGGGAUUCCAUGUUUCAGAACCCGCUCAUCGUCAAGGCUGAGCUUGGGAAGCCCCGGGAAAGAAGCUGCAGUCUGCCCGGAAUUAAUUUCAAUUAUGGACUCUACAUCCGGGGGCUGGAUGGAGGGGUCCCCGAAGCCAUUGGACACUGGAAUGUGUUUAAACAGCAGCCGACUUGCCCCCACGAGCUGACCCGGAAUUACAUCGCCAUGAACAGAGGGGCCGUGAAGGCUGGCUUGGUCACUGCCCGGGAGAAUUUGCACUACCGUCAGCUCAAUGACAUCCGCGUCAGUGACCAGGACGACAGGCGCCUCAAGAAGGAGCCACCCUCCCUCCCGCCAAAUAUGACGUUCGGGAUCCGGGCACGGCCUUCCACCCCCUUCUUUGAUCUGCUGCAGCAUCGGUACCAGCAGCUGUGGGUGCAGGAGCAGAAGGCCACCCAGAAAGCCAUUAAACUGGAGAAAAAGCAAAAGGUGAUCCUUGGGAAACUCUAUGAGACCCGGAGCAGUCAGCUGAGGAAGUACAAGCCACCCGUGGGGCUGGACGCCCUCUGGCACAUGCCUCACUUCCAGAAGGUGGGCCCCCAUCUCGCGACCUUCCCCACUGAGGCCGAUCGCCAGAGAGCCUUCAAAGCCCACCGGGAAGAGUGUGCUGUGCGCCAGGGGACCCUGAGGAUGGGCAACUACACCCACCCUUAA